GUAGGAAGAGGCCGCCACGGGCCACUUCCGCAACGUCUCCGCCAGGCAUUCUGGGGCGUGUAGUUCGAGGCUUAGAAGACCGGAAGUGGCUCCUAUGGGAUCCCCGGAUGUGGCCGAGCAAGGAGAAGAGGGAAGAGAGGGGCGCCGGGCGGAGGUCGAUGGCGGCAGCCGCUCUGGGGCCUGACCAGCAGGAGGAGUGGAGGCGGCGGCAGCAGGAGCAGCAGCGACUCCGGCCGGGGGACAUGGAUGAAGAAGAGGGUCAGAGUGAGGAGGCCCUGCAGCUGAAUCUGGGGGAGCUGGACCUGACUUCUGAUGAGUUCAUCUUGGACGAAGUGGACAUUCACAUCCAGGCCAACUUGGAAGAUGCACUGGUGCAGGAGGCCUUGAAAACGGGGGUGGACCUGAGGCAAUAUUCCAAGCAGGUGGAGGUGGAGCUGCAGCAGAUCGAGAAUGCCUCCAUCAAGGACUACAUCAAGGAGAGCAAGAACAUUGCCUCUCUCCAUACGCAGAUUACGGCCUGUGACGCUGUCCUGCAGCGCAUGGAGGCCAUGCUGAGCUCCUUCCAGUCCGACCUGAGCAGCAUCAGCUGCGAGAUCCAGACGCUGCAGGAGCAGUCGGUGGCCAUGAACGUCCGUCUGCGCAACCGCCAGGCUGUCCGGGGACGCCUCUCCCAGCUGGUCGAGGAGCUGGACGUGCCCGAAGCGAUGAUCAGCACCAUCCUGGAAACGCCGGUGACGGAGCAGGCCUUCCUGGAGCAGCUACAUGAGCUGAACAACAAGAUCACGGCCGUGAAAGAGCAGGCCUUCCGCGAGACCAUGGCCUGCAGCGAUGUCACCGACGUCUUGGACAAGCUGAAAGCCAAGGCAGUGGCCAAGAUCCGGGAUUUCAUCCUGCAGAAAAUCUACUCCUUCCGCAAGGCGAUGACCAACUACCAGAUCCCCCAGAAUGCACUGCUCAAGCACAGGUUUUUCUACCAGUUCCUGCUGGGGCACGAGCGGGCGGUCGCCAAGGAGGUCCGGGACGACUACGUGGAUACGAUGAGCAAGGUCUUCCUCAGCUACUUCAAGUCCUACACCAGCCGCCUCAUGAAAGUGCAGUACGAGGAAGUGGCUGAGAAGGACGACCUCAUGGGGGUGGAGGACACGGCCAAGAAGGGCUUCUUCUCGAAGCCCUCCCUCCGGAACCGCAACACCGUUUUCACCCUGGGGAACCGCGGGGCUGUGAUUGGGGGGGCCGAACUGGAGGGCCCCAUCCUCGUCCCCCACUCCGCCCAGAAGAGCGACGUUCGUUACCCCUUUGAGUCGCUCUUCCGCAGCCAGCACUUUGCCCUGCUGGACAACAGCUGCCGGGAAUACCUCUUCCUCUGCGACUUCUUCCUUGUGUCGGGGACCCCCGCCCUGGACCUCUUCAACGCCGUCAUGGGGAAGACGCUGACCAUGUUCUUCAAGCACAUGGACUCCUACGUGAGCGACUGCUACGACAGCAUUGCCGUCUUCCUCUGCAUCCACAUCGUCCUGCGCUUCAGAGCCAUCAUGGCCAAGCGCAACAUCCCGGCCAUUGACAAAUAUUGGGACACGUUGCUGGAGAUGUUGUGGCCCCGUUUCGAGCACAUCUUGGAGCUGAACAUCCAAAGCAUCCAGAACACUGACCCCCAGAAGCUGGGGUUCCUGGACACGCGGCCCCACUACAUCACCCGCCGUUAUGCAGAGUUCUCCUCGGCCAUCGUCAGCAUCAACCAGACCUUCCCGCACGACCGGACCUUGGCCCUGCUGGGGCAGCUUCAGACCGAGGUGGAGAAUUUUGUUCUGCGUGUGGCAGCCGAGUUUUCGUCCCGCAAAGAGCAGCUCAUCUUCCUCAUCAACAAUUACGACAUGAUGCUGGGUGUCCUCAUGGAGCGAGCGGUGGAGGAGAGCAAAGAGGUGGAAGGCUUCCAGCAGCUAUUGAGUGCUCGGACGCAGGAGUUCAUUGAGGAACUUUUGGCACCUGGCUUUGGGGGUAUGAUUGCGUUUGUGAAGGAGGCAGAGACCCUGGCGGAGCGUGGCCAGCUGGAGCGGCUGCGGGGGGAGGAAGCCCGGGUGACACAGCUGGUGCGCGGCUUUGCCGGCACCUGGAAGACGGCCGUGGAGUCCCUGAGCCAGGACGUGAUGCGCUCCUUCACCAACUUCAAGAACGGCACCACCAUCAUCCAGGGGGCGCUGACGCAGCUCAUCCAGUACUACCACCGCUUCCACAAGGUCCUGGCGCUGGCCCCCCUCAAGGCCCUGCCGGUCCGCUCGGAGCUCAUCAACAUCCACCACCUGAUGGUCGAAGUGAAGAAACACAAGCCCAACUUCUGACGGGGGAGGGGUGCCUUCUUUGGGGAGGUGGGGGGAGGCCUUUGUGCUCCUCCCAGCCCCGCUUAUCAUUCCUAGCUCUUUGUGGUGGGGAGGGGAACGCAGAGGCCAGCGCUGUGCUGCUUGACUGUCUCUUAUGUUUUGCUUUGUACAGUGGCAAUAAAUAAUCUAGCAACGCA